UGAUUGUGUAAUUUUGCGACCCUCCCGCGUGUUCAUUCUUUCGCUUUUAUGCUUUUUAACGUUCACUUUUACACUUUUUCUUUCUCACACCUUUUGCUUCCUCUCACCCUUUUCUCUCACUCUUUUCUCUCACUCUUUUCUCUCACUCUUUUCUCUCACUCUUUCCUCUCACUCUUUCCUUCUUUCUUUAUUCCUCACGACCUUUUCUUUUUCCACGCACUCUUUUCCUCUUUUCCUCUUUUCUUAUUCCGCACAGGGACAAUUCCUCUGUCAACUUUACUCUUUCACCCUCUCGUUUAAUUCUUUUUUAAAUUUAUUUGCCUUCACGAUGGCCUUCAGUGCCAAGCCUUUCUACCUCUUCCUUACUGUCUUCUUAUUUUCACAGAUUAUGACUGCACUAUGGCCUAAACAAUAUCUACAUUCGACAGGCCUUUCAUCAUCAAUACCAUCAUCAUGGUUAUGGAAACGAAGCAUUGAUCCUGGCUCUGAUAUCCAGUGCGAGGAUGUUUGGUCGCAUGCUGACAGAUGCAACUUUGUAAAAGAGUACUGCGCCGAUUAUUCUGCAGGUCUGAUCAAUUACCUGCACUUCUUUUUCUGUGAUCUGAGCACAGCCCCUGUCAUGGCCAUCAUUAUCCUGUCUGUGUGGAUGGUAUUCUUGUUUGGAUUUGUAGGCGUGGCAGCAUCAGAUUUCUUUUGUCCAAAUCUGAGUACAAUUGCCAAGCAACUCCACCUUUCCGAAAGCAUGACUGGAGUUACCUUCUUGGCCUUUGGCAAUGGUUCACCUGAUGUCUUUAGCACCUUCUCGGCCAUUGGUGCAGGAAGCGGGUCAUUAGCCAUUGGCGAACUUGUUGGUGCAGCAUCCUUUAUCACAUCAGUAGUCGUAGGAUCAAUGGCAAUCAUCAAACCUUUUAAAAUCAGUCGGGCACCAUUCUUACGGGAUGUCAGUUUCUUCACAGGAUGUGUUGCAUUCACAUUGUUUGCAGUAAUGGAUGGCGAAGUCACACUUGUGGAGAGUUUACUGCUAGUAGUCUACUACGUUAUCUAUGUGGCCUUUGUGGUCAUCGGUAAUUGGUGGCAUCAACGUGUCAAGACUGAACGAGAACUGGAACAGCGUGCUAGAAAUAUAUACGGCGAUGAAGAGGAUGAUGAUAGCCACUAUGAGGAUAAUAAUUAUAAUGAUAUGGAAGAGGACGAUAUCUAUGAUCUCAAUGCCAGGAUCAAUGAUGAAGAGCAGGCUCUUCUUCCUGGAGGACAGAAGCGAGGAAGAUCAAGAACAGAAUCAAGACCUCCAAAUAUCAUAACGGAAUUGUUGACAGGACCGUACGAUGCAUACGAGGAUGAAGAUCAUGAUGACGGUGGAGGCGUCCAAGACUCGAUUUCCUUACGUCCUUCAGGCCCAUCUGCGCUGAGGCGUAGACCAUCAUUACUCUCUGCUAUGGAGUUCAAUGAAGUAGUUCGGUCAUUAACACUUUCAGGGUCGCGAGGACACGUCCUAUCAUAUGAUCCAAGCUACUAUGGCUCAAACUCACCAAGACCAAAUAGGCCUCGUCGGAGCCAUUCUACACGUUCUGUACCUGACCGGCGCAGCAGCACCAACAGCCAUCAUGAGGAUUAUUACCGGAAUCAUGGACCCCGAUCAGCCUCACCGCAUGGAGCCUCUUCAGGUGAUCCUUUGACUGUAGGCGGGAAUACAAGCAGGGACUAUGAGCAUAGACAUGGGCGUGGACAUAGUCAUACAUAUGGAAGUAGACUAGAGGUUGAAGAUGCAAUCCGUAGCCUCAACAGUUUAAAUACAUCACCCAGAGCAGUAGAUCCGGAAGAGGAGACGUUCGAUCCCCACUUUGAGCAGGCUUUACUUCGACAGUCUCUGAUCCUUCCCGACCAUCACGAUCCUGCGAACCAACACCUCGGUCAUAUCCACCAUCACCAACAACAACAGCCUUCUAGCCCUGGUACGACUGGCUCCACGACAGUUGUUUCAGCCGGCUCACCUGUUGUGGCGAUGACUCAACCACUAUUCCAGGGAGUGGAGCCCGAACUUGCUCUUACAAGGAAACAAGAGCUGAUGGAGAUUCUAGAGUCGAUCAAAACCAUCUAUUUCCCUACGCUUUUGGGAUGGGAAGAGAAGAGCCACUUCCUACGAUUUUUGGCAGUGACCUCGAUUCCGAUGGUACUUCUUUUGACAUUGACAUUACCAGUGGUUGAGCUAUGUGAAGAUGGAGAUGAAGACGAUGAAGAGUCUAUCGAAGAAGAGCAGCAACAGCAGCAAGGACAAAAUGGUCAAAGUAAUAACCACCAUCAUGAGGACACGGAAUCUGUUAUGCGACCUCCAAAGAUUACGAUUGGAGAUGGUAAAGAGGAUAUACGCCAUCAUGAGUAUGAUGGAUGGAGUCGUACAGCAACGACAGUGCAAAUGCUAUUGGCGCCUAUUUUCAUUACCUUGGUUGUCGCUAGUGCUGCUGAGGAAGGCUAUAUUGCGAUCCCAAUAUCAUUGGUAUUAGGAGCAGGAUUAUCGUUUGUGGUCCAUCGAUUCAGUACAGAAGAGGACCCACCACGAUUCUACGGAGCACUCUGUUUUGUUGGAUUCUUGGUGGCGAUCACUUGGAUCUUUUUGGUAGCAAAUGAAGUAGUUGGGAUCUUGCAGGCCUUCGGCAUGAUCUUUGGUGUGAGCGAUGCUAUCCUUGGUCUCACUAUUUUCGCAAUGGGCAAUAGCUUGGGUGAUCUGGUUGCUAAUAUCACGAUUGCAAAAAUGGGUUUCCCACGGAUGGCCUUUUCCGCGUGUUUUGGUGGACCAUUGUUAAAUAUGUUGUUGGGAGUGGGCAUCAGUGGAACAUACACAACAUUGAAGACGGGUGAAUCCAUUCCAUUGAAGGUAUCACCGACACUGUUUGUGUCCUUGAUCGGUGUGCUAUUGACAUUAACAGCGGCGAUAUUGAUCGUGCCGAGGAACGGCUACAUGAUGACGCGUUCAUGGGGUUGGUUCUUGCUCAUCAGUUACAUGAUUUGCACGACUACCAAUGUUAUCAUUGAGGUCACCAUCAGUAACAAAGGCGACCAUUAAGAAACAGAGAUAUUUAUCUUCCUCUCUUAUCAAUGUAAUACCUCGCCAUCACUUUUUUUUUUUUUCCCUUUUUUGUUCCGCC